AUGCCUCCUAUAAGACGAAGCAAUUUAGGUAGAAGAACCAGAAAUGCUACAAACCAAGCUAAUUACCGAUCUAAUCGUACUGCACAAGAACGUGACGACGGAAAUGAACGUGAAAGAAUUCGGAUAUCACAAACGCGUGAAGCGCGAGCGCGACAUUCAACUAAUAAUCGCGCAAGUUUGAAUCGAGCUGCUUUCAGUUACGAUGUGUCAAUUGACUACAGUAACUACCAAUGUGUUGUUAUUGGUUCUAUGAACUCGGUUUGCUCACACUGUAAGGCAUUAAAAUACAAAAACGAAGCCAAUGGAUUGUGUUGCGCAAAUGGUAAAGUGAAAUUGAUACCAUUGGAUCCACCACCAGAACCAUUGUACUCAUUGGUUUCAAGAAUAGGAACAGAUUCUAUACACUUUUUGACACAUAUCCAACAAUAUAACAAUUGCUUUCAAAUGACUUCAUUUGGGGCAACAAAUGUAGUUCGGGAAAAUUUUAUGCCAACUUUCAAGAUACAAGGGCAAAUAUAUCACAGAGCAGGUUCACUGUUACCAGUGUCAGAUAGCGACAACAAAUUCCUGCAAAUUUAUUUUAUGGGCAAUUCACCACAAGAAAUUGAUCUGCGUUGUGCACAUAACAAUUUAGUAAAGAGGUCUAUUGUAGAACAAUUACAGACUUUAUUUCAUCAACACAAUCAAUUGAUUAUAUUGUUUAAAACUGCCCUGGAUCUGAUGCCAUCCGAUAAUCACAAAAUUGUAAUCAGAGCUGAUAAAACACCUGCAGGUCAACAUACAAGACGUUUUAAUGCACCUACUAUUUAUGAAGUUGCUAUCGUUGUAGUUGGAGAAAACUUGGAAUCCCGUGAUAUUGUUUUACAUCGUCGGAAUGAUCAAUUACAACGUGAAGAUGGCUACGAUUUCUCAAUAAAAAUGAUAAAUCCCAUUACAGGUUCUGAAACCAACAAAAAAGUCAGUUCAAUGAACUAUUAUUCAUACCGCCUAAUGAUUCGGGAAAAUGAAGAUAAUCACAUAUUGAAAUGUCGGCGAUUAUAUCACAAAUAUGUUGUUGAGAUGUAUGUUAAAAUUGAAACGGAGAGAUUAACAUUCAUCAGGUUGAAUCAAACCAAACUCCGAUCUGAAGAGUAUAUUCACCUUCGAGAUGCGAUUAAUACUGAUGGAAAUGCACAGGAUGUCGGUCGGAUGACUAUUCUUCCAGCAACAUACAUCGGAAGCCCUCGGCAUAUGCACGAAUAUGCUCAAGAUGCCAUGUCGUAUGUUCGUCAUUAUGGUACAGCAGAUUUGUUCAUCACAUUUACAUGCAAUCCGCAAUGGAUAGAAAUCAAGCAGGAGUUAUUCUCUGGGCAAUCACCCAUUGAUCGUCAUGAUAUUACAGCCAGAGUCUUUAGACAAAAGUUGAAAUCUUUAAUGGAUUUCAUCGUAAAACAUAAUGUGUUUGGUGAGACACGCUGCUGGAUGUAUUCUGUGGAGUGGCAGAAACGAGGAUUGCCACAUGCACACAUUUUGAUUUGGUUGGUUGAAAAGAUAAGGCCAAAUGAAGUUGAUGCAGUGAUAUCAGCUGAAAUCCCUAAUGUACAAGUAGAUCCUGGAUUGCAUGAGGUAGUUAUCAAAAACAUGAUACAUGGUCCCUGUGGAACUCUUAAUCAAAAUUCACCGUGUAUGAUGGAUGGUAAAUGUUCAAAACGAUAUCCACGGACGUUAAUAUCGGAAACAAUUACUGGUAAUGACGGUUGUCCAUUGUAUCGUCGCAGAUCGACAGCAGACAAUGGAAAAUCAACAAUUGUCAAAUUAAAUCAACAAGAUAUUGAAUUAGAUAAUCGUUGGAUUGUUCCAUAUUCACCCAUUUUAUCAAAGACAUUCAAAGCACACAUCAACGUUGAAUCUUGCCAUUCAGUGAAAUCUAUUAAAUACAUUUUCAAAUAUGUAACCAAAGGGAGUGAUAUGGCUGUGAUUGGAAUUGGUGCAGAGAAUUCCAAUGAUGAAGUUACCCAAUACCAAAUGGGCCGCUAUGUCAGUAGUAAUGAAGCAGUUUGGCGAAUAUUUUCUUUUCCUAUUCAUGAGAGACACCCUUCUGUUGUUCACUUAGCUGUGCAUUUAGAAAAUGGACAAAGAGUGUAUUUUACAGCAGAGAACGCAGUACAAAGAGCUGCUCAGCCACCAUCUACUACAUUAACCAGUUUUUUUGAGACAUGCCAAAACGAUGAUUUCGGACAAACAUUGCUAUAUUCUGAAAUGCCAAAAUAUUAUACCUGGAAUCAAUCCUCAAGGAGAUUUAUACGACGGAAACAAGGAAAACCAGUUCCAGGAUAUACAGAUGUAUAUUCCACCGAUGCGAUUGGUCGGAUUUAUUCAGUACAUCCAAGCAAUGAUGAAUGUUUUUAUUUACGACUGCUAUUAGUCAAUGUACGUGGCCCAACAUCAUUCCAACAGUUACGAACUGUUGAUGGUGAAUUGUGUGGAUCCUACAGAGAAGACUGUCAACGUUUGCAAUUGCUUGAAAAUGACGCUCAUUGGGAUCAAACUCUCAAUGAUGCUAAUAGAAUGGGAAAUCCAAAUAUACAAAUCAGUGAAGAAAUUUACAAUGAAGCAUUGAUUUCAAUUGAGGACAUGUGCUUGAUAAUGUCAAACAAACUAUUAAUUCAAUUAGGCCUGACCGCGCCCAAUCGUCCAAUGCAUGACGCUUUUAACCAAGAGUUGCAUCGAGAAAGACUGUAUGAUCUCAACGCUUUGAAAGAAUUAAUUCAAACAAAUCUUCCACUGUUAAAUGAACAACAGAAGUAUGUAUUUGAAACUCUUAUGAAAGUAACAAAUGAUGAAACUGGAGGGAUUUACUUCUUAGAUGCACCUGGUGGUAAAGGAAAAACUUUUUUGAUUUCAUUAAUAUUAGCAACAAUUCGCUCACAAAAUAAAAUUGCACUUGCACUCGCUUCGUCGGGAAUCGCAGCAACUUUGCUUGAAGGUGGUCGAACAGCCCAUUCAGCACUAAAAUUGCCAUUAAAUAUGCAAAGCAAUGAAAUUCCAACCUGCAACGUUUCGAAGAACUCUGCAAUGGCAAAGGUUUUGCAGCAAUGUAAAUUGAUUGUUUGGGAUGAAUGCACGAUGGCACAUAAAAAAUCUUUGGAGGCUUUAGACAGAACCUUAAAAGAUCUACGGAGCAAUAAUAACCGAUUUGGUGGUGCAAUGAUUUUAUUAGCAGGAGAUUUUCGUCAAACAUUGCCAGUGAUUCCACGAUCAACGCCAGCUGAUGAACUCAAUGCAUGUCUAAAGUCCUCCAGUUUGUGGAAACAUGUCAAAGUACUUCAUUUAAGCAAGAAUAUGCGUGUCGAGUUGCAAAAUGACCAAUCUGGAAACAUAUUCUCUAAACAACUCAUUGAAAUUGGUAAUGGCAAAUUUCCUAUAGACAUGUUGACUGGCUGCAUUAACUUUCCUCAAAGUUUUUGUCAGUUAACUCGAUCAAAAGAUGAACUUAUUCAGAAGGUGUUUCCAGAUGUUUCUCAAAAUUACAGAAACCAUGAUUGGUUGAGCGAACGAGCUAUACUGGCUGCAAAAAACAUAGAUGUAAAUGAAUUAAAUUUCAAAAUUCAAGAACAAAUUACAGGCGAAUUGAGGAUAUAUAAAUCAGUUGAUUCGGCUACUAAUCAAGAUGAUGUAGUCAACUAUCCACCGGAAUUUUUAAACUCGCUGGAUUUGCCAGGAUUGCCACCUCACAAUCUUCAAUUAAAGGUUGGAUCGGUGGUUAUAAUGUUGCGAAAUAUCAACCAACCGCGUCUUUGCAACGGUACACGAAAAGUAUAA